CUAUGUCCGGGGUCGGUCCCAUUAGUACAAGGGACCGCCCUUGCCCACAACGGGGGCGUUCGUUACGCUGGCUAGAAAAUGUCCGGCACGGUAAAUGAGGUCUGCAAAGAUUGUUGCCAAGUAACGAACGAACAUCAACCCUGCAAAGAUUGACAAGAAAUGAACAAGCCAUACGCGCUUAGCGUCACGACAUUUGGUAAGGGAUUGGACGGUAGACAUGAACGAAAACAAGGCUGCAGAAACGACAGCCUCGAUAGCCUGCGAACUCUGCCGAACCAAAAAGCAGAAAUGCGACCGUAAGACACCGGUGUGCUCCCAGUGCGCAAAUGCCCCAGAAAACUGCCGUUACCCAGAGCAGAAUAGGAGGGGACUUCCAGCAGGAUACUUGAAUUCUCUAGAGAAACGCCUUCUUGAGACUGAACGUGCUUUAUUCUUUGCACUAGCAGAAAUCCAUGCUAGAUGUACAGAACUGGGAGACUAUUCCGAUGCCGGCUUGCGACUCAUGAAGCCUUCAUCUCAAACAAAGACUGAGUUGGUCCAAAGUUGGUCGCGAAAUCCACUGGACACUCGUAACGAUGGUCGGAAAUGGUUUUUUGAGCACCAACGUGGUCUAGAAAAUACCUCUGCGACAAUGGGCAGCACAACAUCGCCAAUGCCCAUGCAGGUGCCUGACAGUUUGCCACUGAAUACACAAAUAAACAAUGAGCCGUGGCCAUUGGGUUUAGAUGCAGGGAUGCCACCUCAAGAAACUAAUAGCGCUGUGGCCCCAAUGGACUCGAGCUUCUCGGGCCAGCUCGCUAACACACAAUGGAGAACGUUUGGUACGGGCAGCCCAAGCGUCCGAGACAGUAUGCAAAUGGAUGGUUCAUCAGCUCACUUUCAAGGGAACAGCCCCUCAACACCAAGUGAUACCAGACCCGUAGCAAUGCAGCACAUAGGCUCCAUGUCGGGAAAAGGCCAACAAGGGAAAGCCAGUGGAUUUGCGAAGGAUAAUCAAAAUAUGUACUUCUAGUGACAGAAAAGUCAAGAAUAGAGCUUGGUUCAUUGAA